GAGCUGCAGUUUGAGCGGCUGACGCGGGAGCUGGAGGAGGAGCGGCAGAUCGUGGCCAGCCAGCUGGAGAGGUGCAUGCUGGGAGCGGAGUCGCCGGCGGGAGACAGCAGCAGCUCAUCAGAGAAGUCAUUUGCAUGGAGAUCUGCAGGUGGAGAGUCGCAGGGCGGAGCCAUGGAGGCGUCUGGACGCCACCUGGAGGCGGAAGAGGGACUCUAUCUGCCGGAACAGGACCGCGCCUCCCUGCAUGACAGUGAGGACUCAGGAGGUCACUCGGCCCAGAUGACCACGUACUCAGACAGCGGAUACCAGGACAGCAGCGUUAGUUACUACAGCAACCAGAACGUGGUGCGUUCGGAGCCCCGGGCCUCGAUAUCGAGAAGCCCAAGAGCUGAGGGUCAAGCCUCCGGGCAGGCGUCCAGCCGGGUGUUGCGGAGGAUGGCCUCCCUCCCCUCCAGGAGCCAGUCUCCUGGCUGUGGCACUGCUGGCACUGUGUCGCCCUCCCGCAUCUCCCUGCGAACAUCCCAAGGCAGCACCUACGACUCGCCCAUCCUGUCUGAGCCCAAACCUCUGGCUGCCGUGUUCGCCGGCACCACCAUGCCGCCCUCCUGCCCUUCACCAACCUCCCCGACCGGUGGCACACAGGCCCUGGGUGGUGGGGGAUUAGGCGUCUUAGGAGGAGGAGGCAUUGGUGGGCGCCUGGGCUCCACCCUCUCUCUGGUGGAGGGGAGGGGUUUGACGGGGUCCCCGCUGCGUUCAGGGAUGAUGGCGGUGCCGCAGCACUACGGCUCCACGCUGCCCAGACAGAGCCAGCCGCUGGCCUACGGAGCUGACCCAUACGGGCUGUACCAGAGGAGCGCACUGCCCCGCCCCGACAGCCUCAUAG